AUUCCAACUUCAUAACACAUCUUCCGCAUUCAUUAAACAUUCUCACCAAAUAACAUGGGCAUGGACAAGUGGUCUUUGCUAAGCCGCCUAAGGAACGCCGUGAAGAAGGUGAGCUUCCUACUACAUCUCAACGUCAACCGCUGGCGAAUCGCUUCGAUGAUCGGCCGUACUGCUUCGGGCAACCACCGGUUGAGGAGCUUCAACGACCGCCCGGGCCUGACGGCGGCGUGUGCUGAUGAUGAGACCAGCUCCGAGGAUUCGGGGUCUUCUAGGGGACAUCUCCAGAGGACUAUAAGCUAUCCCUCGGAUCAAGAUGAUAUUGAUCAAAGAGCUGAGAUGUUCAUAGCUAAUUUCCGCCGCCAACUUCAGAUGGAAAGACAGAUUUCAUUAGAGCUUCGAUAUUGCAGAGGAAAUAGUUUCGACUUGAAGUCUCCUUGAUCAGUUUUGAUUGGUGACGAUGGAGCUAGCCUGUGAUAUUUUUUUCAACAUGGUCAAUCUCCAUUGGAAAUCUGAAGAUCCUCAGAGGGUUUUGUUUUUGUUUUUGUUCUUUUUCCCUUUUUCUUUUGGUUUUGUCAGGCUUGUUUGAUUGCCGAUAUGACAAAUUGCCAACAUUUUUUUAUACUUGGGCAUACUUAAUUUUCCUUUAUGUAAAUGUUAUUCUUUGAACUUUGGAGAAAUUUUCGAAGGUAUUCUUUUGGGAAAAACGCUGUGGGAUUGAUUUGGUAAAUGUCAUUUUCUUUUGGCUGGAUUGUGGCUAAUGUCAAGUAUGUCAUCAUUGUUUUUGUACGUUCUUUGACAGGAGCAUCUUCAAAGUAAAUUUGUUCUUCA